AUGCUGAAAAAUCCUUUGAUAAGAUCGUCACUUAUCAUACACAAACCCCAUUUCAUUCAACCAUUGAUCGUACAACCUUGCCGUAAAUCGUCGCCAUUUUCAAUUCGUCCAGCUCAUUCUCGUACGUUUUCAAUUUUUAAUUUACUUAGGACAAUAGUUGGCCCACUAUCUUUUGUCUCUCGUUCCCUUUCACAACCACAAAAGGCAACGCAAGAAUUGGAAUCUCAAGCAUUAGCCACUUAUGAAAAAAUCAAAUUACCAAUAACUCAUACAUUUAAUAGAAUUCCUGGAUUUUUGGGUAGAGAGCAUGAGAUACGUAUAUUGAAUGAUUUAUUAAGUGGAGAUCCAAAGUUUUUGAUCGUGAAUGGUUCUACAAGUGUGGGAAAAACCUCUCUGCUACGAGAGGUCCUAUCCGACGAUCGAUAUCAUGUGACUUACAUCGAUUUGCGAAUCCCAGGAUUCGCGGAUCUUAUUUCAUUUAUAUCGGAAUUCGCGUCGCGUUUAGAAAUAUUUUUUACGAGAAUUGCUUCAUUUUACCCUAAUCUUAAGGUAUUUGAAGAUGAAGCAAUCGCCCUUAGAAGUUUACGAUUGAGUGGACCUGAAAGUUAUGAAAAGAAACAACUAUUACAAAAUGUGCAACAAUCAGAAGGUGAUGAUGAGACGGAUGCUUAUUCUGUCGCAACAAGUCAGAAUCGAAGUGAUCUCGCCAAAUUAUUGGAGAAAUUUCAAGCUGGGUUAUUGAUGUAUCAUGGAGUUGAUCUCAAUGAAAAGGGGGAAGAAAAGAAAGAGGAUGAUGAAAAAGACAGAUACCGGAUACACGAACAUGAUAAGGACACGAGAAAAAAGAAAAUUCCUAUUAUAGUUUUCGAUGAAGCUCAUAAAUUGAGAUAUCUUUUGAAUGAUAACGAAGCUCUACAGAUACUUCUGGAUGCCUUGGUAGUCUUCACAGUACAAGAUAGCUUGUGCCACAUCAUUCACGUUACUUCGGAUGCAUUUUACGGAAGAUUAUUGGCACAAAAGCUUCAUACGAAAUCUUUAAUCAUUGGUGAUUUAUCCCGAUCAGAAGUCAACAAGUAUUUUCACAAGACUCUAGUACCGACCGUCCCACAAGAAAUACGCGAAGGGAUUUUCAAAAUGGAAGAUGAUCUUCACAAAGUUCUUGGUGGAAGAAUUUUAUACUGGAAAUCAUUUGUACAAGAUUACAUUCUUUCGAAUGGCAGGUUAACAAAUUUACCGAUGGAUGAUGAAAUUCCCGGUGAUCCGAUCAAACGCAUAAGUCGUUAUAUUAUUGCCAGUCCAAUGAAUAAGGUUUCCUAUCAUCGUUUGUGUAAGGAAUUCACGCCACCUGUUAUAGAUGCGUUAAUUAACGAUGGAAUUUUGGAGUAUAGAUUGAUUGAUGAAAUUGAUGAUGGGAAUGAUGAUGCAUUAUCGAUCGAAAAACCUUUUGUUGUUCCUUCAAGUCAUCUAAUGAAACAUGCUAUGGAAAUUUUAUUAGGAGAGAAAUCACGGAUCGAAAAAGAUGUUUAA